UGUGAAGGAUAUCAAUAAUGGUAUAAAAUAUCUCGGAAAGUCGAGCUUACGAGUGUUUAACAUGUCAGGAACUCUUUUCGACUCUAGACUUUUUCCUGUAAGAAAUAAUAAUGUAUUUCUAACGCGUUGGUUGAGAAGUCUGCGGGAAGUAGUCAUCCGGUCUUGUGGCAUACGAUAUUUUUCUUUUAAAUCUUUCGCUAAGUUAACCAAUAUCAGCAAAAUCGAUUUAGGGAACAACUUGAUCUCAAACUAUAUACUGCCCAAUACUUCGGUACCCUCCUUACAAGAAUUGAAUUUUACAGACAAUUAUUUUAAGAAGGUCCCCGGAUUUUGUCUAGACUAUGCCAGACGUAUACCUGCUUUCCCAAAUUUGCAAACAUUGCAUCUGGCAGUGAACGAUAUCCGGGAAACAGCAAAUUUUAUAAAAGAGGGUUUCUGUCUGAAAUAUGUUGAAUUCUUAAACGUAUCACAUACUUCAUUUCAGGAAAUUUCUUUGUAUUCCUUUUUGAGUCUGAGUCAUUUGCAAAUGUUGAUCAUCGAUAACUUGCAUGGAGUCACUUUAGAUAGUAGGUCAUUAUCUUCAAAAUCACUCCGGACACUCUCUAUCGGACGUAUGGUGCAAAGUAGUUUAAUAGGCUUUACAGAUAUUUUCUCUGAAUGUAGAAAUAUAAAAUCAUUGAAAAUAAUGAACACCGGUUUAUCCAAAACGGAUGUAGUAGAGAUGUUAUCACCAUUAAAGGAUCUGUCAUAUCUAGCUAUUGUUAAUGGUGAAAUCGAGCAAAUGACUGCACUAAAUAGUUUUACAAACUUAACUUCUAUUGACUUCAGUUUCAACAGGAUAAAGGAAAUCCGAAAAAGCGUUGUUCAAAAUUUAACUACAUUGAAACUAUUGGUUUUGCGUGGCAAUCGUUUGAGCAAUAUGAAGGAGUCUUCUCUGUCGGCUUUACUUUGGCAGAAGAAGGAUUUUUGGAUCGAUGUAUCAUUCAAUCCAUUGGACUGUGGAUGCCAGCUUGAAUGGUUCCGACUCUGGGUCGAAAACAACCAAAAUAGAACUGUUGGAUAUCCUGCUCAGUACAUUUGCGCCUCUCCAUCAGACUUAAAAGACAAAAGUAUAGCAAACUUUGAUCCUAUAUCCGAAUGUCACAAAAUAAGUCCCUAUGUCAUCCUCGCGUGCAUUUCGUUGGCAUUUGUCUCAUUGGUGAUUGUGACUAUUGUUCGGUUGAGAAAGUUUCGUUGGGACAUCAAAUAUUAUAUAUACACAUGCAAAAAUAGAAAACCAAUGGGAUAUAAAAGAUUUACAGAAGAUGAAUUCCUGUAUGAUGGUUUUGUUGCCUAUAACACAAAUGAUAGGAAAUAGAUAA